AUGUCGCCAAUGGCUUUGUCUACCUUGCCGCUUUCGAUUAAACCAGAGGACUUUGGCCCUUCGCCUCGCCCAUUCCGUAUCGAAGUCCAGCCAGAGCUCAUCCUCGAAGCUCGGCAGAAGGCCAGUUGUUACCGUCCCUCGGUGGAUCUGCAAUAUGAAACUAGCGAGGAUUGGUCCGACGGUGUUCCCGCUACAAGAGUAGCUGCUCUCGCCAAAUAUUGGGCCGAAUCGUAUGACUGGAACAAGGUUGAAGAAAGGAUGAACUCCAGUUUCCAUCAUUUCACCAUUACGAUCCCUGUCGUCAGUGACUACAAAGAGUCUCUUCCACUCCACUUCGUUCAUGAGCGGUCAAACGAUGAAAGUGCCAUACCUUUACUGCUUCUUCAUGGCUGGCCGUCAACACAUCUGGAUUGGGAGAAGGUGAUUAAGCCGCUUACCUCGGGAGAAAAUGGCAAGUCCUAUCAUAUUGUGGCGCCCGACCUUCCUGGUUUCGGCUUCAGCCCGGCUCCAACGCGCCCAGGCCUUGGCCCGCGCGAGAUGGGUUUCGCGAUGGAUGCACUUAUGGCGAAAUUAGGUUAUGGCCGCUAUGGCAUUGUUAGUACAGACCUUGGCUGGUGGGUAGCGAUGUGGAUGGUUCACGAUGUUGGUUCAAACGUCAUUGGCCAUUUUUCCGACUUCUUCCUGCCAUUUCCUACGCAGGCAGAUGUCGAAAAGCUUGAAAAGAAACAGCUCAGUGAACCGGAGGCUGCAUACACUCGAUCAAUGCUGGCGUGGGGGGAUGGCCACACCGCAUAUUCUACUGUGCAAACGAAGAAACCUCUGGCAUUAGCUGCCGCCAUGGCUGACUCUCCGGUGGGAUAUGCAGCCUGGCUGUGGCAUUUGAUGCAUACUGUCUGCGAUGACUACGACUAUUCCCACGAAGAGAUUAUCACAGCAACGUUGAUGCUGUGGAUCCAGGGGCCAUAUGGGAAUCUGAGGACCUACAAAGAAUUCUUUCAGCCUGAAGUCAUGAACUUCCCCAAGACGAGCAUUCCGACUGGAGUAUCACAAUGGUUAUACCCUAAUGGUCCAUACCCUGAGUUCAGGCAGUUUUCGAAGGCGCCUCGGGAAUGGCUCGAGCGUACUGCCAACAUUGUCUACUUAUCAACCCACAACUUUGGGGGCCACUUCCCUGCAGUGAGCGUCCCCGGUCCGUGGGUGAAGGAGACUCAAAACUUCUUUGAGACGCUGGGAAAGCUCGUUUAA